AUGAGGCAGAGAGGAGGUGAAGAUACAGUUGCAGUACGCACAAGAUACACUCCAGUCGAGAAAUUAACCCAGUGUUAGCUCUCAGUUCUCAGUGUUUAUUUGAGAAGCGACAGCAGCUAGAAUGAAAUAUUUGACAAUCCUUUUGUUUCUAACAACGAUUCUGUGGCAGUCCUGUGUUGUGAAAGGGUGGAAUAUCCAAGAGUUGAUGAAGAAAGUUUUGGAAACUGUGGAUAAUUUUGAGGAGUAUGACAUUGUCUUCCCUUUGGUGAUUGCUCCUGGAAAGGAUACUCUAGUGUCACGUGCUAAGAGGCAUGCCAAUAUAAGUGAAUUCCAAAGAGAAUAUGCUACAGAGCGUGAGUACAGCAGAGGGAAUUUACUGAUUGCCGAAGAAGGAGGUAAUGGAGAAGCCCCAGUAGAUAAUGAAAGAACAGACAUUUCGGAGAAAAAUGUGAACAGAAAUAUAGGAAGUGGUAUAAGAUGUAAAACAGACAGCACUGCAAACCAAACAUCUUCAAAUGACAAUCAGAAUACAAGCAUAAAUUUAGACAGUAUUAAUGUUGUUCAGGAGAGAAGAAAUGAACCCAAGGAUAAAACGAAAGUUACAUUUUUUGAUGACAAAAUUAAGGAGUCUGACAAUACUGGACCAGGGAGUUAUGAAGGAGGUGUCACUAUUAUAGCAUUGAAAGACUGGAUAUUAGAGGUGAGAAACAAUCCCAUUUUACUACUGCAAGAUGGUUUUGAAGCUGAAUGGGUAACUAGUGGACAAAAGCAGUCAAUAAGAAAUCCCGAAAGCUGCAAGCUUCGCACUGGUAUUGUGAGAGGUGAUAUUAAGUCUGUUGUCGCUCUCACGACGUGUGACUCUUCUCAGAUAGAUGGAAGUGGUACAGAAGAUAUGACAGGACUGAUUCAGGUCAACGGCGAUUCGUAUUUUGUACAACCUAUCGUGGCAUCUGGAGGGGUAACUCGUCAGCACCCUCAUUUGAUGUAUAGGGCGAAGACAAGUUUGGAGCUGGGGGAUGAUCAGGACUUUGGGGAUGGAUGGAAGCUGUCCAAAAGUGACUCAAGGCAGGUGGCUAUCAUGGGCCUAGCUAGCAGUGAUCCGUGUGGCGUGGGUGCAGUCAUUUCUGAAUGUCCGAAAAGGUCGAAGAGGGAAUCAUACUGGAGACAUGAUGUGACUGAGUUGAAGUUCUCCAACACUACUGUAAGGGAAGAUAUUCCUUCUACAGAAGAAAGACUCGAUGUAUAUCACGUAGAUGAGCCUGAAGAUAACUUGGAACACACCCGCGCUAUAAUCGAACACAUUCGAAAAGAACUCGAACGAGAAGAAGUGGGAUACUUUCUCGACAAGGACCUGGAGACCGAAGCAGAUAAGCGCAGGCCAUUGGAGUUCAGCGUGAACGCGCCUCCCAGGUGGCUGGAGCUCGCCCUUGCGGUUGACCACACAGUGAUCAGGUUCCACGGACGAGAGCGAGUGCAGCAGUACAUCCUGGCCCUCAUGAAUAUUGUCAGCGCCAUCUACAAAGACCCAUCCUUGGACUCAAACCUGAGACUGGUUAUAGUUCGGAUGAUUUUUUUCGAAGAAGAGCAAGACGGCCAGGUGGUUGACGGAAACUCGAAGCGUUCGCUCGAGAAUGUGAACCGUUGGAACGAGCAGCUCGGGGGACAGCACGAUGUAGCCGUGUGGCUGACACGCGCUGAUAUAGGGGGACCCUCGGGAUACGCCCCAGUGUCGGGAGCAUGUGACCCGACAAGAAGCUGCACCCUCAACAGAGACGAGGGACUGACCAGCGCUUUCAUCAUUGCUCACGAGGUGGCUCACGUAUUGGGUUUGACACACGACGGCGACCAGGCAGCUGGCAACGACUGCAUUCAAGAUGCACUAGACGGAAGUGUCAUGGCGCCCAUGGUGUCGGCCACGUUCCAUCGCUUCAGCUGGUCCAUUUGCUCCAAGAAAGAGUUCCACACCAAAGCUGCGCAGUGGCCAUGUCUUAGGAACCAGCCCAAGACAGGAAAUGCAACGCAUCUUAAAUCGACGCUGCAGGCAACUUUUUCGAUGGACGAACAGUGCCGCAUGGAAUUUGGGGAUGGGUAUUCACUGUGUCGGACGCUGAACCUUCCCGAUCCAUGCUCGCACCUGUGGUGUGGCCAUGUCUCGGCGCCCCUAGUGUGCAAGACAAAGAAGGGCCCACCACUGGAAGGGACCGAGUGCGGAGUGAACCACUGGUGUGUGGGCGGAUACUGCGUACAAGUAGAUGGCCGCAGGUUUGGUUUCGACCCUGUGACGCAUAAUCCCAGGGACGGAGGCUGGUCAGAAUGGUCGGGCUGGACUUCGUGCUCCAGAACGUGCGGCUUUGGCGUUACUUUCAGGAGUAGGACCUGUGACAAUCCGAGGCCUGCCUAUGGAGGUGAGGACUGCCUUGGGAAGAGUGAGGAGUUCCGCAUCUGUGGACAGGUGCCCUGCCCUGAGCCCAUGAGGGAUUUCAGAGCGCAACAAUGUGCCCGGCUCCCCUAUAUUGUCCCCAUUGGGGGACUGGGACACAGAAUUAACAAUACGUGGCUCGCACACGAGGCAGACCCCAGUUCCAUGAAAUGCCAACUUACAUGUGUCAGCCAGGAGACAGGUGAAGUGUUCAUGUCAGGAGAGAACCUGCUGGAUGGUACACCCUGCUCCUAUGACAACUAUGACAAGAGUAUCUGUAUCCAGGGUCACUGCCACGUACUGGGAUGUGACGGAGUGCUAGAUUCAACGGUGCAGGAGGAUUCCUGCGGUGUGUGUGGGGGUGACAACUCUAAGUGUCAUAACAUCACCCACACUUUUCACCGGAAACUGCGUAGAUCAAUGACGCGGGUUGCGGUUUUCCCUCGCCUGGCUCGUAAUGUGUGGAUAGACGUGAAUACAGAUCCUCAGGGGGAUACAAAACUGGUAAUCCGAGACAGACGCAGCCGACAAUAUAGCCUGGCUUCACCCAAUGACUUGAGGUUGAAAACAGCAGGUCCAGUACCCAUAUAUGGUACAGUCACUGUGUGGACAGUCCCCUCCAUAAAAGAGCAAGACACCAUUGCUUCUGUGGUUGUUGAGGGGGCAAGGUUCCAUUAUGAGAGGAGGGGGAACCGUGAGAAGCUGUCAGCUAGGGGCCCCCUGCUAGCAGAACUUGUUGUGUCUGUGUCUGCAGAGCCUGCUGCCCUGGAGGCAGGUGUGACAGUAGCAGCCCAAAGCAUCUACACACUGCACCAGGCUCUGUUCGGGGUGGGCUCACGCUAUGCUUGGCAGGUGGGCGGCUGGGGUCCAUGUUCCAAGAGUUGUGGGGGAGGCCGACGCUUCAAGACUGUGGCCUGUAGGGAUACUGAUACGGGGCGUCUUGUGCCCCGGAGACACUGCUCUCUAGUGGCUAAGCCCCCUGCAAGGAUGGAGCGCUGCAACCUCAUCAGCUGUGACUUCAUGUGGGUGUCUGCAGACUGGGAACAGUGCACCUCCACCUGUGGCUCUCGUGGCAUGCAGGAGCGUGAAGUGUUUUGUGUCCACAAUCACACUGACAAUAAUGAGCCACCAUGGAAACACAUGGUGGACCCAAAGCGAUGCCGGGUGGGAGUCAAACCAGAAACCACAAGACCUUGCAAUCGAGUGCCAUGCCCUGCACACUGGAUUAGUGGCAACUGGUCACAGUGCUCUGCUAGCUGUGGCCAUGGAUUAGAGACACGAGAAUUCCGAUGUCCUGCUCCUCGUGGGGAACCAUUCUUUGAGUGUGGUCCAUCACCUCCUGAUGAACAACGUCCUUGUGUUGGGAUAUUCAGCAAACAUGACCCUCUGUGCUACAAAUCAAAGCCAUGUCGCCGUGAUGCAUCUCCUUACUGUAGUCUGACGAACCUCCUGGGACACUACUGUGUUAUCCCAGAAUUCAGAAAACUGUGCUGCAAAUCUUGUAGUCUAACUAUGAAUAUGCUGCCUGAAUGAUUUCAUACAAAUCUGUAGCUCCAAACUGUAAGAUGACAACACACAUUUCAGUCAUGCAUAGCAAUUCCUUGCCCACUGUAGUUCUGUCAAUUUUAGAUUUCAGGUAUCUGCAAUUUUCCAUUUGUAGUCAGUUUUGUAAACCAUGGAAUUUGGUUUUACAUAUGUAGUAUCAACAGCUUUUAUUUGUGAUGAUGGAUGAGGAUGAACUAUUUUUUAGAAGUAUUUUAGUUAGUGAGAGCAAACCAUACUGCAGAAGUGGAAAUGAUUUACAGGUGGAGGAGGAAGAAAAGUAGAAGAAUAAGAAGAGAUCAUGGUGGUGGUGACAGUAGCAGCAGCAGCAGUGGUAGAAGCAAGAUUAGUAGUA